AUGGAGAAGAAGGGGAUCGGUUGCGCCAUUGAAGCAGAACCGAAGACUCUCAUGGGAGGGGAGCUCGUCAGCGCCAGGGUAUGGCUCGUGGCUUCCUUCGUCUCCUCCUCCCUCUCCUUUCAAAACCGUCGCGUAGCUGCGAUAGUCAUCGCCCUCAUGGUGUGAGUGGGGGAUUUUUUCAGGAGGCAGCGAAGGUCAUCAUAGAAAGCAAGGGAGCAGAGGAGGCUUCCGCCAUAUUUACUGCUGUAAGUUCACAGUGCUCCCUAUGCCAUCGCUGCUUCAUCGUUACCUUUCUGCCUUCGACCGCUUUCCUGAUUUUUCUGUGAUAAUUAUGCGAACCAGAGCGACUUCAGAAGACCAUCUGCUGACUUUGUUUUGCAGGGUCUCAGAUCUGUUGUUUCAAUUGAAACCGUGGAAAAGAAGAUUCAAAGAAGAAACCGACUUCACGAUCUUACUGGGAUUUGCUGGUCACCCACACCUGCCGUAAGCAGCAGAUCGCGGCCUCUUCCCGGGAAUCCUCUUCUGUUUCAGGAGUAUCCCCCUGAUCACACGCAGAUUACCGGGCCUUCUUCAGCUCCAUUCUGAGAAGUCAAAAGCCAGGGGUCAACUCUGCCUAGUAGCUUCCUUCAUCAACCAACCCACCCCUGCCUUCACCUAUUUCUUGUGCUUUUAUUCUCGGUGGGCAGGUCAAAGCAAGUGGGGCCCGAGCUUUCGCAACUGCUCCUGUUCUUCCGUGGGCAGAGGUUGACCUUCCUCGUGAUCCUCUCUCUCCCUUUCCAACUAGCUCUCGCCCACGCCUUGAAGGAGAUCCUUGAAAAUCCGAAGAUCAAUGCGAUGAUCCUGAAUCUCGUGGAAGAUUAAAAAAUGAUGAUGAGCUUGUGCCCGUGAUGCAAUAAUGUCGAGAAAAUUGGUAUCAUAUUGUACAAGGUGCAAUAAAAAAUAUAUUUUAAUGUGAGAUGGUCUCUCCGUUCGAAGUGGUGCAACUCCGCUUCUCUUCGGGGGUCGAUGGCCAGCAUGGCGGCGAGCAGGAAGGAACUGCUCGAGCAUUAAUGGAGUGA